AAGAUAUUGAGUGUAUGUCAUAUUCACAGAUUUAUGAUCAAAUAAUAUGAUAAAGUUGAUAAUUAUUUAUCAGAUUAUCUUAUAUUGUCUUGCUUAUUAUGCUUAUGGCUUAAGUGUCUAUUCGUGGACUUUGUCGGGUAGGAUGUUGUGUCAGGGUAAUGCAACACAGGCCCAGACUCAGGCCCUAUUGAAGUGCGACAAAAUGAUGAGACCCGAGCGAAAGAAAUUACUGGAGAUAUGUCUGAAGGAAGUCAAAGGCUAUACUCUGACAGAUAAUAAGCCCCACAUUUGCUCCUACAGUCAGAAUGAGGACGGGUAUCAGGUUAUGGACUGUAUGUUCAAUAAGACCGGUAAAGUCUACGGCAAGAAAUUCAUGGCUAAUGCUGUGGAUGAGGACUUCGAUGCCAUCGAUGCCGUCGAGAAUGACUUCGAGUGGUGUGUGAUGAAAGUGGGCUCAAUCUAUGGCUUUGAGCACUUGUGUGACAGUCAACUGAAUGCCAACCAAAACAAGGCUAUCCAGGAGUGCGGCAAAAAUGCCACCGAA